AUGUCGACCCAGCCUAUAAUGGCCAACAUUGUGGUGAAGACCAUCUGGCAGUCCAAAGAAAUAAAUGAGGCUGGAGACACACCAACAGGGAUUGAGAGUUGGGCUCAGGGCACCAAGGAUCAGCUGGGAAAGCCUACUAGCAUCAAAGGCUUCCCCAAAAAGAAGAAAGCCGUCUCUUUCCAUGGAGUCGAGCCCUAUUUUACCACUGAAAGUCCCAAUCUGAAUUUGAAGCGUUCUUCUGCUUGCACUAAUGUUUCUCUUCUGAACCUAACUGAUGGGGAACGUGAUGAUUCCACCACGGAGAAUGAAUCCACAGAUGAUGGGGGUCCACCAGGGGGAGCAGGAGGCGAAAGAUGGGAUCCUCUGUUUCCCAUCAAGCCAGCUUGGUCAGAAGAUGAAGAUGAUAAUUCCAGCCAGCAGGAAGUGAGUAAUAGUGGCCUUUUACGAGCCAAGGAUUCUAUCACCAGCCUCAAAGAGAAGACAUCCAAGGUCACCCACCAUCUUCAGAAUCUGCAGGAAAGCUGUCGAAAAGUGACAAAAUCUGUGGAGGAUGCCGAAAUAAAGACCAGCGUACUGGAAGAAAACUCAGCCCUCUUGCAGGAGAAACUGCGUAACUUACAGCAACAGGUUCAAGUAGAAGACUUUCGUUGGAAAUGCAUGCUGGAGCUGGCCCAGAAGGAGGUGUUGCGGCUAUUGGCCCAGUUGGGGCUAUGCUUGGAAGGAGUGCUUCCCCAGAGGGAAAGGAUACAAGUGGAACAAGGGCAGGAGCUUAGGAUGCUGCGGGAGGAACUGGAUGAAGUCUCUUCUGCGGCAAAGCGGGCAUCAGUAUCUCUCACUCAGGUCCGGGAAGAUCUCGAUGGACUCCUGGAAGACAUAUCCCGACAUCUUGCAACGCUAAAGAAUAUGGAAGCAUCCAAUCGGCCUCCUUUUAAUUGUGCUAGAUGUUCCAGCUACAGCAUUGUGAAUACAGAGGUGCUGCGAAAGAUGUUUGAACAUGCGAUGGCGCCCAUUUUGGAGGAGCUGAAGCAGAGGGGCCAACCAGAAGGCAUAUGCCCCAGCUGCCAGCAUUUGCAGAAGACGAUGACACAGUGAGGCACAGAGUAGACUAACCCCAGACCCUCCUGCCCCCAAUAAAAUGUUUCCAGAGUGCAGUCUUUCUGGAGCAUUUUUCUGACCCUAAGUUAUGCAGGCCAGACCAAGAUGGCCUUGCACUGGGAAGUCUGGAGACAGAUCCAUCUUGGCUAAGGAUGUUCAAUCUGCAAAGCUGCCUUGCCCAGAUUCUAUUCUAGGAUUCUGUUCCCAUUCUAAUCAGACAUCU